GAUCAAAUCUAAUUAGAGACAAAAAUAUUCGUUAAGUGAAAGUUUUUCCAACAAUUUAUUCUCUUUCAACAACCCAAAGUAUCUCUUGAUGUAAAUUGUUGUUAUUACUUUUCGGUUUGAAACUCAUAACUGUCAUUUGGAUUGAGUUACCUUUCAUUUUGGUUGAUUUAGAAUUUCAAUUGUUUUGGUUUUCUAUAAAUUAGAAAAUGUUUCUCAUUUUAAUUUCGCUCGUGAUGAUUUUUCCUGGUUAAUUAUUAAGUGAUUUCAACUGUCUUUUGGUGCCUCAUUGGAUAACCUGAGAGAUGAAAAGGGAGAGAGGAUAAGGUGGAUUCUCACAAGGUGUAAUCUCCUCCCUAUUUACCUGCAGCUGUAAAAGUUGGAAAACUUUCUUCCCUCUCUGUUGCUAACAACCAAACCCUAAUUUAGAUUUUCUUUUCUUUAUCUCAAUUGUGACAAUUAAUCUUUAACUCUAUUUAAUUACAAUGGAUUAUAAUCAUUUAUUGGUUUUAAUUUUUCUACUCGCAUUCUAUUUACCUUCAGGUUUAACAAUCCGUUGUUAUCAAUGUUCCUCUGAUGAAAAUAAAACCAUUGAUAGUUGUGGUGCCUAUGAAUCAUUUGACUCAAAUUCAAAUCAAUUAGUUGAUUGUAUGAGUGAAGAUGCUGCUUCAUCAGGUACUUUCUGUUAUAAAUCCAUACAACAAGGUCCAAGAGGAUUUAUUUGGGAUGGACGAUGGAGAACAGUAAUUAGACGUUGUGCUCAAGUCAGUGAGACAGGUGUCAGUUGGGGAUGUGCUUGGGGCUACCGGGAAAAUGGUGUUUAUUGGGAAGAGUGUUACUGUGCUAAAGAUGGUUGUAAUGCUGGCGAUCAUUUAAUUUCUGGAAAAUCAACUCUCAUCUUAAUUAGUGUUUCUCUUAUCACAGGACUAAUACUUUACGUUCUUUGAUUUAACCAGACCAAUUUAAUUGUGUUUCUUUUUUUUCUCACCAAUUGCAAUUCAACCUGAGAUCUUCAACUCCAUCCAUCAACUCGUCCAUUUUUUUUUCUCUCCCUAUUUUCCACUCAUGAGAAUAUCGUGUCUACACUUCUCAUUUUUGAAUCUCUCUUUUUCUAUUUUUCGACACAAAUACUUUGAAUAAUAUUCACAAAAACUUUUUUUUACCACUUUCAACCCUAAGGAUUGUUGUAAAUAACUCAAAAUCUCCUUUGUCAGUGCCCAAGCAGAAAGAGAAAUCAUCUCUAGGUGACCUAUCCAAUCUUGCACUGGACAAACAAUAAUAAAAAAAGAUGGAUGACUAA